AUGGCAAAAGCCAAAGGAAAGAAGGAAGUCAAGAAUUCCAAGAACUCUCAGAGCCACAUUCGAGCACGGCUGGAUUAUUUACACCAAGCCGCCGCAUAUUUCCAGGGUAAAUCUACACUCGCCCAGGGUCAGAACGCCAAAGUUCAAAGCAAUGAACACACCUCAGUUGCUAGUCAUGUUGACUUGGGGGAUAUUGGCCACACAGUAGAUACCCAACGGCAAGUUUGGUCUAUGACUCAAAAGAAGACCCAAGAGCCAUUGAGAAACAUUUCAAGGGUCUGUGUGUCACAUCUACGCGCCGUUGCAAUGAAGACGCAGAUGCGGCUGCCAGUCACACUGAAACGAUCAGUUUGCAAGCGCUGUGAUACCAUCUUGAUGCCUGGAGUGACUUGUUCGCAUGAAACCAGAAACGCAAGUCGCGGCGGCAAGAAGCCAUGGGCCGAUGUACUUGUCGUCCGGUGCCUCUCAUGCGGGACUGAAAAGCGAUUCCCUCGGACGGAGAAACGUGGGAAAAAGCUUGUUGAGCGCCGCAAGGAGAAAGAUUUGGCGUUCCUACAUGAAGUGAGCACACCAGAAGUGCAUGCCUUGGCGGCGUUGCAAGGAGAAGCAGUCGAAUUACGUGAGGAGAAUGUGCCAAUGUUGGAUGCCCCAGAUGUCCCAGUGGCAUGA